UCCCAUUAAAAAAAGCUACACUAUCAAUAAAAACCAAAAUCCUAAACAAGGAAAUUUUGGAAAAUCUCAUUUAUAAAUAAGCUUAGUGUGUAGCAAAUGAACAAUAGAGCACAAGAGAUUAUUGAUUGUGAAACAUGGAAGAAAUAAUGAAAAAAUUAUCAACUAAGAAAGAAGAGAAAACAAUGAUUUUCUAUGUUUGCCAUCCAUGUUCCUUUCUUGAAGAAGCACUAAGAGCUUUCUUGAAGUGUUUUGGUAUUGAAUCCACACAAAUGAAAGAAGAGGAAAACUCAUCAACAUCAUUGCUCAAAUCUCAUGCAUGUGCAUCUGAUUCUUAUCCUAUGGUAGCCUCAGAAUUAUAUCAAUGUUCUUCAUCGAGUAGCAAUCAGAAAAGCUCACAAGAAGAUGUUGAAGAUCCAUCUGCAUCCGCAUUUUCUCAAACCCUUAAUCUAAGUUCAAUGGGAAGGGGUGGUCCUCGAAGGACUCCACCUACCCAAGGUGUGGUACUCUACAGGGUCUUACUCUAUGGCCAGGAUUUCAGAAUAAAUUUGCAUAUGCAGUUUUUCCUCUUAAUUUACUGUUUUAAGUAGCUAGUCUAGAUAAUUAAACAUUUGCAGGUUAAACAUUUGUCUAAGAUGCACUAGUAAAAUGGUCUUGUAUAAUAUAUAAGUG